UGUUUUCCGAUCAGCUGUCCGCUCAGUUGCAGACAGCUAUGUGUUGGUGUAGUUGGAUGUGUCGUCUGGUUUUGCGUGACUUACCUGCUCAGGCGUCCUAGAUGUUAUGAAUGAUCGUUCCAAGUGUUUGAUACGCUUCGACAAGCCUCUUGGACGUUGCUAGUGGAGCAUGCAAGUUUCUGAUGACGGUUCGGAUCAGAGAUACACCAUGGCGAAGCGAUGGAACUGCGAAGAGCAACUGCAGGUGGGGCGAGAUCCGGGGCCUUCGGCACCGCUCCUAGCACCUUGAUAGGAAGCGUCCUCACUGCUCCUUCAGCGUUCAGCCGCCGAGACGAAGAAAAGAGCAUAUCUGGGCGCAAGCGCGGGGUGCUGGCUCUGAUGUAGAGACAAUCUGCUGUCGAAGCCUCCGGAAACAGUUUCGCCGUGACGAGCUCGUGUGUGCCUGACGACGGUUUGACUUGCGGUGUGGACUGUUAGGAGAUCAUGCGGCCUACGGUUGACCACGGUUUGCAUUCGUCUGUGGAAGAGGUUGAGAUGGAGCCGUUUGACUUUUUCAUCGACUUGGGGAGCCUUGUCCUGGAAGGCCGUGUUCCAGGACUCUCUGGAAAGGGUUACGGAGAGGGUGUCCACUGUCCACCUGCUCUUGUGGGCCAGGCGAGGCAUCAGUGCAAUCCCGCGCUCCAAGAGUGCCAGAGGUUUGAUGCUGUUGUGAAGCACAUGACACUCCUUUGGAAGAAUGGCAUCCCUAUGUCUGUGGAAGUGCUACUGUUUCCUGAGUGCUGCAGGGACAACCCUGUGGGAACAGCUGUGGACAUGUCAUCAGCACCAGACACAUCAAACAUAUUACUAGAGCAGUGGUUUAUCCACAUGAUCCCGAGAAGGGUUCCAGAUGCCACGAUAGCACCCAGGAGUUUGAUUCAGGCUGUACGUUCAUACCUGCAUUUUUCACAAAUAAGUGCCUGGUACAGCCAAACAGGAGGAAGAGCACCAAGAAAUGUCUACUACAGAAUCUCUGUGCCAGGAGAGGCUUUCUCAAGCAAGUUCCACUGCAACCCUCACUUGCACACAUUCCCAGUGGCCAGCCUGGGCCGUAAUACCUCGAUCAAGGUGUCUGUGAAGUCUGCUCCGCGCUGCCCAGGAAUACUGCCCAUUCUCUCCUGCCCACGGCACUUUGGUGCAGGCGCCCCACACCCCUUUUUCUCCUUUGCGACACAGCAAAGUGUGACAAACAUAAAAAAGCUGCCUCCUCCAAAGAGCAAUAUAGUCAAAGAAGUACAAGAUGAGAGACCCGUGUCUCCUCGACAAGCUGGAGACACGAAAAAGAGAGCCAGGAGCGAUUCAGGUAGUGACUCUCUGCUCGGCGAGAGCCUUCUCGAUCCACCUCAGUCACUGCAGAUGUACCCAAAGCGCUACCAGAGUCCAUCACGUUGUGGAAGUCCAAGCGUUGAGGCUCCGGAACACCUGAUGCUCAGCGUUAAAGGGAAGUCCAGCAGGGAGCCAGAGUUGAUGUCAUCUGUUAGUCACCAAAGUCGUCCACAGCGGCGACCAGUUGUUGAGCGUUUCUUGAGGAAAAACUGGGAAGGCUCUGAAGUUGGGGGCGCUUCUAAGCAAAUUGAAGGGAAGCAGCAGCAGCAGGGUGAAGGCUCCAGAGUGCCUCAACCAGUGUCAAAACCAGUUAGGACUACUUUACCAAGUGUAGAAUCUUCAAAAAUAGAGCCCAUCAAAGAACCUACAAGUGCCUCUGCUCAGGAGAGCAACAAUAUAGGCCUGAAAAAGUUCAAGGACCUGAGCUUGUUUGACCCAGCAGUCGUUUGUUGCUCCAGACCCUGUGUGAAGCCACAGCAGUGCAAGGAUAGAGAUGUGCAGAAUGGUAAUACAGUGUGCAGGGGAAAGGACAUUUGUGAUUCAAAGAACUUACCUUGUUUGGAAGCAUUGAAAGCUGGGUCCUAUAGGGCAUUUAAGAAACAGUUAGCAGCUACCACAGACGAUGUGUCAAGGACAAAAGUUGAAAAUGUGAGCAGUGCAACUGAGAAAAGCCAUACGAAGCCUCUCAGUCAUAGUAAGACCUGGCAUGAAGGGCUGUGCAACCUGAGGCUGAAGGAUGGAGUUGUGGGCAAGGGCAGUCAGAUAUUCAACAACCUUAUCCACAAGCACAGAGUCAGGCAGUUGAUGUGUCAGACGUGCAGUCAUUCCGUGCCAACAGCAGCGGAGCGGGCACAGUUUCGGCGCUCCCUGGACAGUGCUACGAGCAUGGUUUUCCACCAGAAAACCGGACUGCCACUUACCUCCAGCCCAGCUCCACUACGGAAGUCGGGUGCAAGCUUUGACUUUGACAGCACGCUAACGUCAGUGUCGGCUAUAAAGAAAGCACUGUUUGAGAAAGAGCCAGAUGGUAUAGAAUACCAAAAUGCAGAAGAUCUCAUCAGUUCGAGUGCCCCAGCCUCAAUUACAACAAGUAGCCUCGUUGUGAAUUUCGAGGAAUCAGUUUUAAAUGGCCGGUUGGAACCGGUCAGCACCGUUCAGGGAUUUGUGGCUGAAAUCGGAGCCAGUGGCUCCUUCUGUCCUCGACACAUCACUCUUCCAGUCACUGUCUUCUUCUAUUCACUUCACGACAUGGACAAGGUGGUUUCUCCAUAUCUGGGCCAUAUCAACCUUGGUAUGAAAGGCUACCACGUUCCAAAAGCAGGGACAAUCCAAGUGACACUUUUCAACCCUCAUAAUACCGUUGUGAAGAUGUUCGUGGUGCGAUAUGACCUGUCAGACAUGCCUCCAAACUGCCAGACAUUUCUUCGACAACGUACAUUGUACAUGCCAACAGAUGCUUCAGAGCAAAACGUGGAAGCUAGCAAAUGGUUGAGGUACCUUAUUCACCUCAGGUUUGCAAGCUCAAAGUCUGGUCGCAUUUACUUGCACACGGAUAUUCGGAUCAUUGUGUUCAGGAAAAGUGACCUGGACGCCGCAACCAUCCAUGGUGCACAGCCCUAUGAGUUGCGAUCUUUCACGCAGUGCCCAGUAAAUCCUAAAUUUUCUCCAUACGAAUGAGAGGCUACGAAAAACUGGAUGGUGACUCUGUCUGUAAUGUAGGAAUGUCAGUAUAUUACAAUAUUACUGUGCGAAGGCCUUCAUUUGCCAUCCCAACCAGUUGUUGCAAUGACUUGUUCAUACAUACAUAAAUAUAUGAUGAGAUAUAUAUAUAUAUAUAUCUAUAUAUACAUGUUGUUAAUUUAUUGCAUAGAUACCUUCGAAUAAACACAAAAAAUGUGUAGAAGGAA